AUGAUCUUCUCACUAAUCGGUCAACUUAAAGCUUUUGUGUUUGGUUCGCCUAACAGCCCAGAAGUAUACCGGACCCUCAAGAUUGCUGAUGUCCCAGUUACGACCGCCGAAUGCAGGUCUUGCGCCGACCCUUGCGACGAGGAUCACGAUGACUUCCCUAGCGGAUUGGAUAUCGACAUGGACUCGGACAUGUUAGGAUCAGUGUAUCCAUACCGCCGACAGGUGCUCAUAUCUACCGGCAAGAGAGACUGGGAGAUCGAGGUGACCGAAGCUAAAGGCACGCUUGCUGCCUUCUUGGAGACUGCCAACUCUUCAUUGAGCACUCCAAAGAAGCCCAAUGAUCCCCUACCAUCUGGCCUUCUUUUCUCUCAUACUGAAGCAAAAUUUCUCUCCAUUCUCAAUGGAAGUCACAGGCCUUUCUCUUAUGACGAGUCGGAAGAGACUGUGAUCGUGCUUCCAGACUUUAUGGUCGUAUCCGGAGUCUCACGCACCUUGGCGGGCGCUGAGGUGUUGUGGAAGGCUGCUCUUGAUCCAGCUCUCGAUCGGGCAGGAGUAAUUACCCGAACAGACAAUCUUCUGAAUACUUGGGUUUUACCAUACUCGUGUCUGAUAUUGCUGUGCUCGCACAAGAGACGAGACAAACGAUGUUCCGUUACAGCACCAAUCUUAGAGAAGACCUUCCAUCUAUAUCUCGAGCGAGAAGGCUGGGAAGUCCACACCAACCUGUACGAUCUCACUUCCGAACCCUCCCUCGAGUCACAAGCUAGUUCAACCACUGAGAAGGAACGAUUAGUCGAGACUCAGCUUAAAUCUCUCCACGCCGAGCACAGGGCGCUGAUAUUGAUGAGUUCACAUUUCGGCGGACAUCAAUUCGCAGGCAACUGCGUCAUCUACACUCCUCGCGGAGCUGGUGUAUGGUAUGGGCGUGUCACACCCCAUAAUGUAGAAUCGAUCGUCAAGCACACAAUUAUUGAUGGUCAAGUCAUCCCAACUAUCUUGCGUGGUGGGGUUGACCUCCCCUGCCGCGGAAAAAAGACCCUGUAUGAUUGGUGACGAAACCAUCCCUGAGAUACUAAUGAUUAAUGCUGUAAACCCGCUGGCGGAAUUCACACAUGUCCCACCCAAACGACGAGAGGAAUAUAGACUAAAUAAAUUAUUACAGCUCCUGUAAAAUAGGAUUAUAGAAUAACAUCGAU